GGCCUUUUGUACCUUGUAGACUUUACUUGUGGUUAACUAGCGAUAGUAGAUUUUGACAUUUGGCUGACUUCAGAGAAUGCAGUUUAGUUUUGGUUACAUGAACUAGAUGUAGAGAGGUAUUGCACCAGUGGUGGAGGAUUAUUCCAUGGGCAGGUUCCGUAACUUUUGUAAACUUGUAUUGCUGUUGAGUCUGUUUCUCUCCGGUUGUUUGUUCUGCUGGACCGAAUUCUCGCUUAGGGAUAGGAGUGUAAUUCGUCAAAUCUGGAAAGAAUACACGGCUAAUACAAACGUCAAGGAUGUAUUCAAAAAUUAUUAUUCAAGAAUAAAUACAACAGAGCAGCAAACGCGUCGCAAUGAUGAAAUUAUCUUACAGGAGGAACCUAGUACAUCGAUACAAAUUUUUACCACCACGAACCAGCAUACAGUGACUGGGGGAAAGACCCAGGCAACGUCGUGUACGCCUCAGAAGAAUAUCGCCUUCAUGAAGACCCACAAGUGCGGUAGCUCCACAAUGCAGAACAUAAUAAUGCGAUACGGCGACACGCGCAAUUUGACAUUUGCUCUUCCGAAGAUCGGGAACUAUGCGUACGAUCACAUGUUCACAAUGCUCAAGCCGCUAAGAAAAGAAUAUGUGCAAGAAUUACCUGUCUCCAGGUACAAUAUUCUUUGCCAUCACUGUAUAUUUAAUGCGUCAGCAUUUAAGGAUAUCGUGUAUGAUGGCGCUCUCAUUAUGACUGUUAUCAGAAGUCCUGUUCGAGUUUUCGAGUCAACGUUUUCGUACUUUGGAUGGGCUAAGCACUUAAAUUUACUUAAUUACACAAACCCUUUACUCGAGUUCAUGAACAGAGCUGAGAAGUCAUCCAAUCACAAGUACACUUCAAAACGAAACCCAAUGUUACAUAGUUUCGGAUUGCUAAAUCGCACAACCAAUGAAGCGACAAUCAAUUCAUUCAUAGAUCAUCUUAAAUCCGCGAUAGAUUUUGUAGUGAUCACCGAUCAUUUUGAUGAGUCGUUGAUUUUACUCAAGGAUAAACUUUGCUGGGAUUUCGAUGACAUUGUCUAUUUUCCUCAACUUGUCCGCCACGACAGAAAUAGGAACAAUAUUGACGGAAAUUUAGCGGAGCGAGUCAAAAGAUGGAAUUUCGGUGACGCGAAAUUGUUCGAGUAUUUUAACCAAUCACUGUGGAGAAGAAUCGAAGAAUUCGGACGAGAUCGUAUGCGGAAAGAAUUGGAAAAGUUUAGAGAGCGGAAACAGUUUUGGAAAGAUAAGUGUACGGAGGGUGACAAUAUUUCACGUUUUUUCAUUGCUCUGAAAACGAAGCCUGGACUUGGUAUGGGCUCUGAGUGCUGGCAAAUGACCAGAUCAGAAAUAUUCUACACCCGCUACAUACGAGGAAAACAAGUAGAAUCGUUCAAUAUAACUGAAAAAUAGAGUGUGAAGAGGGAUGUUUGAAUGCUCGUGUGUUUUAUACGCCUGAGUUCUGAUGGAUUUUUUUUCCGCUGACAAUAAGCCUAUUUAUUGACUAUAUUACAAUGCUAUUUUUUAAUAGUAAUUUAUUUCAGUUAUUAUAUGUUUUAGUUUCUUAAAUCAAGCUAAAGUAAUGGUGUUUCAAAGUCAUAUUUACAGAAAAAAAGCUCUUUAAUAGGAAACGUAAUAUCCAUAGAAUAUUCUCAAAAACUUCGUUACCCAUUUCCACUAUUAAUGUGUAACUGUAAGUGCCUUGGACGGAUCCACGAGUCAAGUCGAUGAAGUCACACUAUCCUCAAUUACGUAAUAAUAUUUAUAUUAUUGUUUUACAAAAAUGUUAAAUGCUUCUCCGCCAUUUCCACCUUACCUGAUUCUAACAUCUAAUAUCCAUCGUUACGAUUAAUGCAACGAAUCGCUAAUGUGGCAAAGCAGAGACGAAAUGAUAUUGUGUAUACUGGAAUUCCUUAUGUUAUUCACAAUGAUCACCAUAGAAAAAUUGUCUGCCUGAAUUUGGGAUUGGUGUGCAUAAUGAUAAGUUUAUUAAACAGAAA